AUGGCAGAUAUGCUAGAGAAAGUCAUGUCCCACAAGAAAGCUGCUUCGGUGGUUACGGGGCGUGACUCGAAGCCGCAGGCUGGGGAUAUGGAGCUAUUGGCAACUCUGGGGUAUAAGCAGGAAUUGCGACGCCAUUACUCAACCCUUCAAAUUUUUGCUGUAGCGUUUAGUAUCAUGGGUCUUUUGCCUUCUAUUGCUUCGACUUUGUCAUUUUCUAUGCCGGCCGGUCCCGUUGGAUGGCUGGCAGCAAGUGUCUUCAUCUUUAUUGUCAGUUUGGCAAUGGCCGACAUGGCAUCUGCCAUGCCCACGGCCGGAGGUCUCUACUUCUGGACACAUUACUACGCAGAGAAGAAAUGGAAGAACCCACUCAGUUUUCUGGUUGGAUAUAGCAACACCCUCGGCUUGGUAGGAGGAAUCUGCUCGAUCGAUUACGGGUUCGCAAAUAUGCUCCUCUCGAUGAUUUCCAUCGCCCGAGACGGCAACUGGACAGCCACAAGGCCAGUCAUCUACGGCACAUACGUCGCAACAGUCGGCGCGCACGGCUUCGUCGCUAUUUUCUUUGGGCGGGCAAUGCCCAGGAUCCAAUCCGUGUGCAUCUUCCUCAACAUCGCUCUAGUUGUCGCUACUGUUAUCGCCCUGCCAAUCGGAAAGUCUCAGAACAGUCCACCCGUGAACUCCGGCUCUUAUGUCUUCGGUGGGAUCGAGAACUAUACUACCUGGCCCACAGGCUGGGCUUUCAUGUUGGCGUGGCUGUCCCCCAUCUGGACUAUUGGUGCGUUUGAUUCAUGCGUGCAUAUGAGUGAAGAAGCGACUCAUGCUGCCCGUGCUGUGCCAUUGGGUAUAAUCGGUUCGUCUGGGCUGUGUGGUAUUCUCGGGUUUGUUUCGUUGGCUGUUAUUGCUUCUUCGAUGAAUAAGGAUAUCGAAGGUAUUUUGGGCUCGAAGUUUGGUCAGCCUAUGGCUCAGAUCUACUAUGACGCCCUCGGCAAGAACGGUGCCCUAGGAUUCAUGGCCGUGAACAUGAUCGUCCAAUUCUUCAUGGGACUGAGUAUCGUCCUAGCCGCAUCCCGGCAAAGCUGGGCCUUUUCCCGUGAUGGCGCCCUCCCCUUCUCUGAGUACUUCCGAAAAGUAAGUCAACACCGCCUAAUGCGUUAUCAGCCCGUCCGAAUGGUCUGCGGCGUAGUCGCCGCAUCGAUCAUCAUCGGUCUCCUCUCUCUAAUCGACGAGGCUGCCGCAAGCGCACUCUUCUCCCUCGCCGUAGCUGGCAACGACCUCGCCUGGCUAACGCCUAUCCUGUGUCGCUUGCUUUGGGGCAAUGAGAGCUUUGUUCCGGGUGAAUUCUAUACGGGCAAGUAUCUCAGCAAACCUAUCGGCUGGAUUGCGGUCAUUUACAUGGUCUUUGCUAUUGUGCUCUGUAUGAUUCCUACCGAGGGCCCGAAUCCUUCAGCUUCGACUAUGAACUAUACGGUCGUUAUUAAUGGCUCGCUUUGGGGGUUGGCUUUACUUUAUUACUAUGUUUAUGCCAGGAAGACAUAUAAGGGACCGCAGACUACCGUUAGUCCUGAGGAUGAGAGUAUGGCUACCCAUGUAGAUAUGGAUACUAAAUAG